AUGUCUUCCAACGGGCCAGGUAUUCAGUUGAAAAUCACAGUCAUCGGAGGUGGGAUGGCCGGCCUUGCAUCGGCAAUAGCACUCUCAGACAUGAACCCCAACCACCAAAUUACAGUUUUAGAGUCAAACGCAUCCCUCAGCGAAUUCGGCGCCGGACUGCAGCUCUUCGCAAAUAGUACUCGUAUCCUACACAGAUGGGGACUAACUCCCGCCCUGGAAAAAGUUGCCUUCCAGUGCUCUCACUUGUCUAUUCGCCGCUGGGAGGAUGAUGCAGAAUUAACCUUCAACAUGAACAACCCUUCCAGUACAUGGCUCUAUGGUUGGCCCCAAUGGCAGAUCUACAGACCAGACUUGCAGAAAGCGCUCUUCGAACGCGCGAAAGAGUUUCCAAACGUAUCUAUUUUAUUUGCCAAGUCCGUGAAAUCCGUAGACGCUGUGACUGGUACCGUCUAUACGGUUGACGGGGAGGUUUUUGAGGCGGAUCUGACGGUCGCAGCGGAUGGGAUUUGGUCUCGGACCAGGCGAUGCUUACCGGCAUCAAAGGAUGUGUCCCCAACGGCCUAUCGGGAACAUCACUACCGUGCCGUGAUUCCACGGUCCCGGAUGCUCUCAAAUCCCAUUACUGCACCUUUUAUAGCUUCCCCAGAGGCAAAAUUAUGGGUGGGGCCCGGCGUAUUUGUAUUGGCAUAUACAGUUGCCUCAAAGGAGUUGUACAACCUUGUUGUUGGUGUCCCUCGGCCGAGCGAAGGGGUACCUGUCGGGUCUUGGAAUCACCCUGCCAACCUUGAGACAAUGCGCGGCCUUUUAUCUGGAUGGUGUGAGGAAGUGCAAGCGCUGGCUUCUCUGGUUCAAGAGGACUGUGUUUCCUGGACCUUAGGCGAAGUGCCCCCUAUUCCUAGCUUUGUUAGUACAUCUGGAAGGGUAGCGCUGGUUGGAGAUGCGGCGCAUGCUCUCCUUCCACAUGCGGCGCAGGGGGCCGGAAUGGCAUUCGAGGAUGCGGCUGCUUUAUCGGAGUUCGUAAGACAUCUGAGGUCAAAAGAGGAUCUACCGAAGGUGAUGAAUGCUUGGAGCCACUUUAGACAGGCUCGUGUGGAUCAUUUACGCAAUACCAGCCGAGGCAAUGCAAGUGACAUGACACUUCCUGAUGGAGAGCUUCAGAUUGCGCGGGAUAUGAAAUGGAACACUAUUCGCGAUAAACAGCGGGCACAGUGGGCUGAGCUUGGACUUGAGAAGAUUAGAGAGAAGAUGAUCCGGGAAAAACCUACGCCUGAUCCAGAUUGCAAAAGCACGUUUGAGCCUGGUGGUAGAAUGUGGGUCUAUGGAUAUGAUAUAUAUGAGAACAGUAGAAAAUUCUGUCGUGAACAUCUGGAAUGGCAGUGA